CAAAUUACAAUGUCCUAUAUCUUCUCCCUUUUUCUCUAGCAAACCAACUCAAACAUAAAAAGAAAGCAUUAUUUAUUACUCCAUCAUAUUAAUACCAUGUCAACCAACAUUAAACUUACUAUUUACUACUAUUAAUUUAAAACCAUAACAGAAAUCAACCAAAUCCAAUACAAUAGUAUAGACUACUAAUAGUUCUAAAUUUUCUUCAUCAACACCAAAAACGAACCUCCAACAAACCCUCUAUCUCUUUCCUCUGUUAGUCAUUGUUCCUUCUUCUCCACUUGAUGAUCCCCAACACCAAACCAUAAACCAAACAAGGAAUAACCCAUUUCAACCAACCUCUAAUUUUCUCUCUCCUCCCUAAAAAUAGCUCCUAAAAAUGGUGGAUUUCAACAUACCCACCAAAGGAAGGAAAGGUUUUUAUGUGAGAAUGAGAUUAUUAAACACAAAUAAUAGACAUGGCAAAAGAAACUCUCCUCAUUAUUAUUAUUUCUAUCGUUGUUUCAAAUGGUUUGUUUGGUUUUUCAUCUCUUUUUACUUGUUCAUCUCUUUCCCUCCUUUCAUUAACUCUGACCAUUCUCCUAAUUCCUCCAUCAAAUCCCGCCUCCUCGUCGAACAAACCACCCCUUCUUCCUCCUCCUCCUCCUCUUCAGAUUCGUUUGAAGGAUUGAAGAUAUAUGUGUACGAUUUACCAGCAAAAUACAACAAAGAUUGGCUAAUUAACAAGAGAUGCAAGAGUCAUUUAUUCGCAUCUGAAGUCGCUAUUCACAAAGCUUUAUUAGAAAGUGAUGUGCGCACAUUUGACCCAAAUGAAGCUGAUUUCUUCUUUGUUCCAGUUUAUGUUUCCUGUAAUUUUAGCACAAUUAAUGGCUUCCCUGCUAUUGGCCAUGCUCGUACUCUCAUUCCUUCCGCCAUUAAUCUCAUCUCCUCCAACUUCCCCUUUUGGAAUCGCAGCCGUGGCUCCGACCACAUCUUCGUCGCUUCCCAUGACUUUGGCGCUUGCUUCCAUACCAUGGAAAAUGUAGCAAUUGAAGAUGGAAUAAUGGAAAAUUUAAGAGGAUCAAUAAUAUUGCAAACAUUUGGGGUGAAAUACAAGCACCCAUGUCAAGAGGUUGAGAAUGUGGUAAUUCCGCCGUAUAUAUCGCCGGAAAGUGUACGAUUAACGUCGAAAAAGUGGCCAAUGGAGGGUAAUCGUGACAUUUUUGCGUUCUUCAGGGGUAAAAUGGAAGUCAAUCCGAAGAAUGUCAGCGGUCGCUUUUACAGCAAGGCUGUGAGGACCCACAUAUGGAGGAAGUAUAACAAUGACCGGAAGUUUUACCUUAAGAGGCAUAGGUUUGCCGGUUACCAGUCAGAAAUAGCACGUUCAACAUUUUGUCUAUGCCCAUUAGGGUGGGCCCCAUGGAGCCCACGCCUUGUCGAAUCGGUUGCACUUGGAUGCGUACCAGUGAUUAUAGCGGAUGGGAUCCGCUUACCCUUCGACGACGUCGUCCCGUGGCGGAACAUUUCCCUCACGGUGGCGGAAAACGACGUCGGAAAGCUAGGUUCUAUCCUAGAGCACGUGACUAGGACAAAUCUCUCGGUCAUACAAAAAAACUUGUGGGACCCAUCUGUCAGGAGUUCUCUCCUUUUCAACGAUCGGAUCGAAAAAGGGGAUGCCACGUGGCAGGUAAUUCGGGCCCUAGUUGGGAAACUCCACCUGGCCCACCGUAGGAGGAGGGUUUCAGACCAAUGAGGGUAUUCCACGUGAGCUUCAGUUAUUGGUGGGGUCAAAUGUCUGAAAAGUUGCCAGCUUGUAUUGGCCUUUAGUAUAUGCAUAUGCAUGAGGGAAAUAAAAGAGAACUUUAUAAUGGAGGCCAGUUGGAGUUUUUUUCUUGGAGUUGUCGCAUUGUCACGGAGCUGGAUAUUUCUACUAUUUUCUGACAAACCACAGAUAAGAUUGGAGAACCCAUAUUAUUUUUUUUGAGGACGUGGCGCUAUUUGGUUGGUUGUAAAGGACGGUACAUGUGAUGAGAGAGAGAAUGUGUUAGUGUUGCUAAUAUUCAUUGAUUUUUUAUUUUAUUUUUUAUAGUUUAUAGUACUAUACACAGAGAGAUUAUUGAAUGUAAAUGAGAAUAGGUCAUGUCAUGCCAUGAGAGACCCUGUAAGAUAAAGGGUGUAUACAUUGUACAGUUGAGAAUUGAAAGGAGGUUAUAAAUAAUGAAAGAAAUUAUUCAUAUA